UCUACUUAUACUAUACACAUUAUUUAAGGAUCACCAAAGCCUAUUUCUUUAGUCCUUAUGUUAUGUCUAACUCUACCUCGUUCAAGAUCAAACAUUGAUUCUUAGUUGCAUAGCCCUUGUCAUAUCUCUUUUUUUAAUCGAAACCUUCCAUUCAACACUUAUAGUUGAAUAAAAUGUCUGCUGCAACUUUUGCAGCUCAUAUUGCUGGGGCUGGCUUUGUAGGCUUGAAGUCCAACUCAUCAAAUCUUUGCCCCAGUACUGGAUCCAUAGGAUGGAAAAGGAAGAUUGUUUCAAAUGGUUCUAAAACUUACUGCAUGAAGACAUGGAAUCCCAUCAACAAUAAGAAGUUUGAAACACUGUCCUACCUGCCACCCCUUUCAGAUGAAUCCAUUGCAAAGGAGAUUGACUACAUGCUCAAGAAGGGAUGGAUCCCUUGCCUUGAAUUUGAUGAGUUGGGGUGUGUUCGUAGAGAAAACAGCCAUAUGCCAGGGUACUAUGACGGUAGGUAUUGGACAUUGUGGAAGCUACCAAUGUUUGGUUGCAGUGACUCUUCGCAAGUGCUGAAGGAGAUCCAUGAAUGCAGAAGAGUGUAUCCAAAUGCAUAUAUACGUUGCUUAGCAUUUGAUAACCAGCGUCACAUGCAGUCCAUGGCUUUUAUCGUUCACAAACCUGAUAUCACUACUACCACUUGAGCCUUUUUGCUCUUGUUAAUUUAUCUUCAUUUCCCCAAUUUCUCUCUCUUUAAAAAAAUGUAAUAUGAACUUUGCUGUUUACUUAUCUAGCGGUAUGAAUAAGAUGGAAUUGGAAGUCGCAGCCGUUUGUUUGAAUAGAACGUAAAGACGUUAUUGAGUUUGUUUUCAUUUUGAAGUUAUAAUUCUACCACACAUUUAGCUUGCAA